CCGUGUCUCCGAUUUUCAUAGAUACAUCAUAUGUUGUUGAAUUUCGUUGGAAAAUUUGUUUGUAUCUACUCCUAUUUUCUGUGCACUAGUCUCCAAAGUAUCCUUACUGUGAACUAAAUUAAUUUUGCAAGCUUAAUGUGGUGAUAUUAGUAUUAAAUCAACUGCCAUGUAUCAUGUGUUGCCUAGUUUCUGAUUUGUUAUUGUAUAAUGUUGGUUUUCAGGGCCGUCCAAAAGGUGUCACGCCAAAAUACAGUUUGUAUAAUCAACUGCUGUUUGCUAUUUGUUGUUUAUCAACUGCUCUAGAACAGGAGCACUUGCAUUCUACUUCUAUAUUGCUUAUAGGCAGCGUGGUAUAAGUUUUGCAUAAUGGUGUAUUAGUUUGAAGUAGUUAUACUUGUGAUUGCAGGAAGUUACCAGUAUAAGUAACCCUGGAUGAUAACCAAGACAUUGAGCUGAGAGCGAAUUUUUCCCAGCAAAAAAUCUCUGAAGCGAAUUCUUCAAAAAUCUGGGGCAAAUUUACCGGAUUUCAAUUUCCGGCGGCACUUCUUCCCAAUGAGGAUUGUCGGACUGACCGGCGGCAUAGGAUCGGGCAAGAGUACGGUUUCAAAUCUCUUCAAAGCUCAGGGUAUUCCCGUCGUCGAUGCUGACGUUGUAGCUCGCAAUGUUCUGAAGAAAGGAACUGGUGGGUGGAGGAAAGUGGUGGCUGCGUUCGGCAACGAGAUUUUGCUGCCCAGCGGGGAAGUCGAUCGGCCGAAGCUAGGGCAAAUUGUGUUCAAUGAUCUUAAUAAGCGUCAGCUACUUAAUAGGUUGCUGGCCCCUUAUAUUUCCAGUAGGAUUUUUCUGGAAGUGUUCAAGUUAUGGAUGAAGGGCUGUAAAAUCAUUGUCCUCGAUGUGCCACUGUUAUUUGAGGCCAAAAUGGACAAAUGGACUAAGCCCAUUAUUGUGGUCUGGGUGGACCCUAAGACUCAGCUCGAGCGUCUUAUGUCAAGAGAUGGAACAACAGCCGAAGAUGCUAACAGUCGAAUCAAUGCUCAGAUGCCUCUGGAUUUGAAGAAGACAAAAGCAGACAUUGUGAUUGAUAACUCAGGGUCACUGGAUGAUCUGAGCGAACGUUUCAGACAAUCGUUGGUCGAUGUAAAAAAGCCUUUGACGUGGACUGAGUUUGGGUUGUGUAGAGAUGGAGCUCUUGUGGCUUUUGUUUCCAUUCUCUGUGGCGUUAUCAUAUGCAGGAAAGCUUUGUGAUUGAUUCUGAUAUACUUUUUUAGAAGCUUCUGAUGCUUUCUUACGUGCACCUCAUUGCUCAAGAAAAGCAUUUGUUCAAGUAUAGUAACUCCACAAAUUUCUAGAUCUCACUUGUGUAAUUGACUUAACACAAUAGAUAAAGCGCCUGCAUAUACGGUGGAGUGUUCUCUUUGGGGAUCUCUAAGCGGGAUUCCAUGUGGUAAGAGAAAAAUCAAAUAUUUGUGGAAAGAAGCCUAGAAUUGCUUAAAUUAUCUCAAUUGUUUUUUGUAAGUUUUACCUUUUUUGAUUGGUUGAAUCGCUUGAUUUUAGGUCGUCUACAUUCUUUUCAGGUUAUAAUGUUAAUUCAAUCAAGGUUUUCUUUAA